AAAUAUCCUAUUAAUAUCCCCUUUUUAGAGGGAGGAGACCUCGAACUUUCAGGACAAAUUGGGGGGACCUUUGACAAGCUAUCGGCUUCCUGUCCUAGUCAUUAGUAUUAGUGGCUUUCAGGUAAGUAUCUCGAAUGACUUAAAAACAAGCCCACAACUGAUCUCUCAUUACUAUUUAAAUCACCCGAACAAACAUUCAUAGAAAACGUGAAUCUUACAGCAAAGAAUCGGUAGCGAUCAGCUGACGCUGUCAACACAACACAAAGCUUUCAACGCACAGCAUUAAGUCCCUUCACGAUCGUCGUCGACCCUUAAUUCACAACAACAUUGUGUCCCUUCAUUCAAACUGCAUGUACUCAAAACAUUUGCGUGCCACUGUGACGUGUUCCUGUACAACACAUCUCGCACACUCUCGAGAAAACCUUUAUGCAAAUUGCACAGAUCAUUAACCAAGAAGAAGAAACGUUGACACAGGACAGCGUUUCUCCAACGCUAUCACAGCAACAACAGCCAAGCUCUCGCAAGAACAAGUUGAAUUAACAUUGCACGUAUUGCAGACUAGAAGGACCAAAGCGUUUCUGCCCGAAACGCUUUGCGUAAUAGUGGCUUUAGGCAUUGUAUGUACUAGCUCUAUCUAUAAAUCUAUCAAAUCUCUUGUAUGUAUGUACCUUACCUGAAUAAACAUUUAUUAUUAUUAUUAUUAUCUUGCUGGACUGUUGUUUCCCCAGGAAUCACUCCACUUCACCAGACAACUCUUGCAGUCAUUGGUUAAAGAUAACCUUGAAGCAAACUGCACAAAGAUGGAUAAACUUCACGAGUGCCCUGAAUGUGAGAAACGAUUUAAUCGCCUUGGGCAUUUGAAGGAUCACAUGGUGGUGCAUACGGGUGAUAAGCCUCAUGAGUGUCCGGAGUGUGGAAAAGCAUUUGGUCGUCGUGUAAACAUGAUGAUUCACCUGAGGGUUCAUUCGGGUGAUAAACCUCACGAAUGCCCAGAGUGUGGGAAGAGGUUCCGUCAUGUUUCAAGUAUAAAGACACACAUCAUGACACAUACGGGUAAUAAACCUCAUGAGUGUACUGAGUGUGGGAAAACAUUUGUUAAUAUUGGAAAUCUAAAGGCUCAUCAGAUGGUGCACACAAGUGAUAAGCCUCAUAAUUGUCCUGAAUGUGGGAAAAGAUUCACUCAUCUUAGAUAUAUGAAGACUCACAGGCUUGUGCAUUUGGUUGAUCAACUUCACAGGUGCCCAGAGUGUGGGAAAGGAUUCAGUAACAUUGGAAGUAUGAAGCGCCACAGGUUGGGGCACAUGGAUAAUAAAACUCAUGAAUGCCCCGAGUGUGGGAAAAGAUUUAGUAGUAGCUAUAUGAAGACCCACAGGCUUGUGCAUACAGGGGAUAAAGCUUAUGAGUGCCUGGAGUGUGGUAAAAAAUUCAAUUAUAGUGGAUCCCUGAAAGCCCACAAGGUGGUGCAUACAGGUGAUAAACCUCACAAAUGUCCAGAGUGUGGAAAAAAAUUCACUCGACAUGCAUCUAUGAAGAAUCAUAGGAUGGUGCAUACAGGUUAUAAACCUUUUGAGUGUGCCGAGUGUGGGAGAGUAUUUAGAGAACGUAGUGGUAUAAUAAGUCACUUGUUAGUGCAUUCAGAUGAUAAACCUCACAAAUGCCCUAAAUGUGGAGAAAGAUUUCGUCAUCGUAACAGUAUGAGAAGGCACAUAAUAGCACAUUCAGAUGGACUUUCUACAAAGAUGAUGAUGUAAGCCGUGCUAAAUUCUUGUCAACCUGGCAAGCGAAUAAAUACAUGCAGCUUUCUCUUACCAGGAAAUGUCUGGGAGAAGCUCAAUCCAUUGUGAUCAUCGUGUGACAGUUCUGCGAGCCAAAAGAAUUUAUAUGAACAGCAACUUGACUCACAAAGCAACAUUAAACCAACUGAAAAUAUGACAAGUAUGAAAAAAAAAAAACUUGCUCAAAGGCAUUAUACAAGCAAAUUUGUUGCAUUCUAAUCUACAAAAUGUUGGGUUUGUAGUAUGAGAAAUAAAAAAUAUUAAAAAGCUAGUAUUUCUUUUAAAUAUUAAAUACAAUUUCAGGUAAGUUUAUAGUCAACUGUUGAUAAUGAAGAUAACCCAGAAAUAUAUUUUGAAAAAUAAAAGAACAUUGCUUAAAAGUUAUUGUUUACACUUGAUUGUGAAGUAAAUAAUGCACUGAAGUUAAUCCACAAAUAUUAUGGCUAAGCAACUACAUUAGCACCUCGAUUAACGAGUUUAAUCCGUUCCGGCACCAAACUCGUCAUGUGGAAAACUCAUCUUGCGAAACAACAACAAAACUGUCGUAAAAGGUAUCCGAGAACCAGCGGAAAUGCUCGUAAAUCGAGGAAAAGCUCGUUAGUAGAGACAAACGUUCUGCGAGUGGCUUACUCGUUACUCGAAAUGCUCGUUAAUCGAGGUGCCACUGUAUUAUAAAUGGAUGUAAUGAGAGGCCACACGAGCCUGUAGAGUGCGGGAAAAGACUGAAUCAUCUUGGACAUUUGACAAAUUGUCAGAUAAUGCAUAUGAGUGAUAAACCUCAUUGAGUGUCCCUAAUGUAGGAAGAGACAUAGCAUCCAUGUUAAUCUUACUAGACUGAGUGUUAAAGCAUUAAGGUAGCAUUCUGGAAGUAUAAGAGAAGUUUAACUUCUCAUUAAAGUAUUGUAUUUGUUAAUGGCUAGCUUCAGCUUGAAAUUACUGUGCAGUAACCUUGUCAGUUGGAGUUUUUACAAAAAUAUUCUAUUCAGAUUGUUUGAGAAAUGCACCUGACUGAUACUUCUUGACUAGUCAAAGGUUUGCUUGAUUAUUCCAAGUGUUUGGUUACCUUUUUUUUUAUUGCUGCCUUUACCUGCUGUGCAACUUACAUUGAUCGGUUGAUUCCGACUCCAAGGUCCUUUUCUUCACCAAUCUGCUGUAAUGUACAGUAAUGCCAUUAAUUUGAUAGUUGUGGCAUGGGUUGUUAUACCCCAUGUGCUUGGUCUUGCAUUUGUUGAUAUUAAAAAUCAUUUGCCAGUCAUCUGACCAUUUGUGCAGUUCAUGUAGAUCUCUCUCUAAGGCUUCAACAUCAUUAUCAUUCCCUCUUCACCACAAAUCUUUGUGUCAUCUGCCAAUUUGAUGUGAUUUGUAAUAUUCUCAUCUAUGUAAUUGAUGUAUAUGACAAAAUGGGGCUGACCCCAAAAUGGACCCCUGUGGUACCCCACUUGCCACAUUUCUCCAAAUCAGAUUCAUUCCCAUUUAGCAUGCCUCUUUGUUGUCCUUGUUUUAACCAUUGCUUUAUCCAUUCUAGUCUUUUUUUAUUUAUUAUAUGUGCCUGUUUUUAUUGUAUUCAUCUGUUAUUUUUCUUGAGCUUUUUUCAAUUUUUGUUAGCUUCUCUUUUAGUAGUAAAUGUUUACCCCUUCACACCUUGAAAUAAUUUUAUUCCAAAUUAUUUAAACUUUAACCCAAAACGCUUUGCGUAAUAGUGGCUUCGUUAGUUUGUGUAACUCCUGUCCCAACAAUUGUACAUUAGUUAUAUGUUCUUUGUGCAUGAAUUCUUUUGAAUAAAGAUUUUAAUUUUAAUUUAAAUGUGAAUAGCAACAUCUAACAGCCUGGUUGACCAGACCACCAACCAGAAUGCCUGGUCAGAGUCUGGGCUAAUUCCCGACACUAAAUGAGGUAGUAAUACUUGAUACAAUAUGAGAAGCAAGCUAAUUCUGUACAUGUAAAUUGUUAAGGAAAAUUUUGCAUAUACAGUAGUACACAACACAGUAUUUCUAAGAAACAGUAGUUCCUUAGUAUUUAUGAUGAAAAAUAUAUACUACUUUAUUUAAGAUUCAAGUUUUAGAGAUAACUAUAACACAAAUAGUUUUUCUUGUUUACACAAACAACUCUCAAAUUGACUAAUUAGAAUGAAGAAAUGUGAGAAUUAUGAAGCAUGAUAUUAAUUAGGUAUUUCUUCCUUUUAAAAUGAAUAGGAAAACAUUUUAUUGCAUUUGGGAGGUCUUUCCAUAAUUUAAAAGCCUUUGUCUGCAUCGUACACUUUCUGCUUUGAUCUAGUGAUACAUUUGGAAUAUCAAGUGAUGAUUUGUUGCUUGUUUCUGAUCUUAAAUGCUUUUUCGUAAGAAGGCUGCAGUAACAGCUAUCUAAGUAGCAUUUGAAGUCUAGAUUAUUAUUACACUUUAGAGUUUUAUAGAUACUAAAUACAUCUGAGAGUGUAUGCAGUGCUUUUAAGUGGAACCUUGGUUUACGAAUUUAAUUCAUUUCGUGAUCAGGUUUAUACACUGAAAAUUUGUAAACCGAAACAAAUUUUUCCAUAAGAAAUAAUGUAAGUUGAAUUAAUCCGUUCCACACACGCCCAAAAAUAUUAACUUAAAAAUACAUUUUAUACAGAAUACCACUCACAUCUUUUACUAUAUAGGUACCUUACCUUCAUCAAGGACUCUUGUUGCCGUAUGGAAGAGGAAGGGGAAGGAGGAGAGGUGCUAGUGUUUGGAAGGCGAGUCCCCUUCCAUUAUAACAUCAGGCAGUGAUGACAUUUCUGGAAUACUCUUUGCAGGCAUACCACUAGGACCUGGGCUUUGGCUCACUGCUUGCUUGUCUUACUAAGAAUCUGUCUAUUGACUUGUUUUCUCUACGUUUCAACACUUAUCUGUAGUGAGACAUCACAUUGUCAUUAAAAAGGUUAAUACAAUGGCCUGCUACAGCUUUAUCUGGGCGAGUCUUUUCAGCAAGCCUAUAUUCAUUACACUUAUAUUGAGGUCUCCCCUUCCCCCACACAGUCGAAUUACUGACCCUUCCCAAGGUGCAAUCCCACAACAAGCUGACUAACUCCUGGGCACGUAUUUACUGCUAGGUGAACAGGUGAAUGAGGUGAAAAGAAAUGCAUCCAACCAUUUCUGUACCAGCCAGGAUUCAAACUUAGAAUUCCAGAUUGUGAGUUGAGAACGAACCCGACUGUACCACCAGGACCAUAGUUUGUAGAUCCCCAGGCACAAAUACAGUAAGAUGAGAAUAGAUCAGUGAAUAACAUUAUAUAUCUCUCUCUCCUUUGAUUACUCUCAUCAGAUUUUAUUGAGCAUGAUUACAGUAUUUAGAUAAAUCAUCACAGACCUUGUAAUGACUGGUAUGUAAAGUGAAUCUUUUAUUUUUAUUAAACUAAUUGUCUUCAGUUAAAAAUAUAUACCAAAGUGGGAGAUAUUUUGUCAAUGUUAAUUGCUAUGUUUUAUUUGCCAUUGUCGAGUUGUGUGAGAGAAUUUCUUAAGUACGUUUCCAGUGCAUAGCCCCCACACGACUUGGGCGUGACAUAUCCGAGGUGGUGUGGUUGUGCUCUUGAGGAACCCACCCACCUUACAGUUGCGAGGUUGUUUACCUCAGUUUCUCUAAGAGACUGGGAAGGUGCAGUUAUGUCCCAUUUCCUGUGUUUUCAAAAUAAAUGUAAUGCACAUCUUGCCGGUUUGUUUGAAUCCCAUAUUUCAUAAUAAUUGUGUGGUUCACUUGGUGCUCCCUCUCUUAUUUGAAGUGUAUUUUAAUAUUUUAUACUAAGAGGGUACUC